ACAAGACUCCACAACCACAAAGGCAACUAAGAUAUGCUUGCAUGCUUUGAAAAGGCUUAAAAUAAAAAAUUUCAAAAUAGAAGAGAUUUUCAACUUGAAAAAUCUGGACGCAAAGAAAAAUGAAAAAAGACUUGAACCCUUAACAUCAAGUUUACAAAAAUUGCUGUUGACAGAUUUAUGGGAGUUGAGGAAUAUAUGUGUGAGCCCCAAAUACAUUCUAAGCCUCAACAAUCUCUCUGUGUUGGUAAUCAGAGGAUGCAAAAAGCUUGAAGUUGUCUUCUCUACCUCUACAUUGAGAAGCCUACCACGGUUACAGUGGGUAUAGAUAUGGGAAUGUGAAGAAUUAGUUGAGAUCAUUGAAGAGGAUAAUGAGGAAAGUGCUGGAGAUCAUUUCCCUCAUCAACCAUGCUUCCCAAAGUUAGAACUGCUGAGUGUUGAGGGCUGUCACAAGUUGAAGUAUUUGUUCUCUAUCACAAGGUCUGGUACCUUUCCUCAACUACAGGUUUUGCAGAUAGGAGGUGCCUCCUCCCUCGAGCAUGUGCUGAUUAGACCAGAUGCGUCGAAAGAAAUGGCCAAGAAGGAACUGCUUCCAAAGCUAAGAUGUGUAAAACUGGAAAGAAAUCCAAGCCUCAUGAACAUCUGCCAUGGGAUUGAUUUUCAAAAAUUAAAAAAUCGCUCAACAGUGGAUAACUGUCCAAAAUUUUCUUUUCAUGAAACCAUCGCUACUCAGCAUCAAGAUGGCCGAAAGGAUCUUGAUUCCAAUGUUGAGGCAAAAAUAGAGGAGAAGGUUUCUUCACAUCCAAAUACAAAUCAGUCAGGCACGGGAGAUACCAAAGAGAGCCCAAGUUUGAAAAUCCAACAAUCCCAAAUUGGUUCACCAAACUUCACAAGGGAUGAGUUGGUUGGCAAAGAAAUGCCAAAAGAAAAACUUAUGAUGGAUCCGCAAUAACCCAGAAAUGGUAAACCAAACUUGGCAAAGGAAACAGCAAGAGAAAUUGUUGAAGAGGAUGUUAUUACUAAUGAGAUGCCAAAAAUGUCAAAUUCACUCUCUGAUUCAAAAGCCAUAGAUGAACCGGAACCUAUUCUUACUGGUGGUAGUACAAUGAACUCAACUUCAAAAAUUUUUGAAGAAGAAGAAGAAGAACAAGAGGAAGAGGGAGGUGGCUUGAGAACAACUCGAAGAUACCGAAAUCACGAGGCAGUGAGUUCUUCACCGGGAAAAGAGCAUGAGACUACCAUUCAUGGAAGUAAUAUCCAAAGUGGUGCUGAAACCACAGACCAACGAACUCAUGCAGCAUCUCAUGGUGACCAAGCAAACUCUAGUAGGGACGUUAGAGGCAAAAGUGUUAAACAUCAUGGCGCAACAAAGCCAGAAAUUGUUGCUGAUGCACAAUCGUCAGUGUCACCAUCUUUUGCUCCUAUAAUGAUGUCACCUACUUUUACUGAGACUAAUCAAUCUUUGAAUGUUGCUGAGGUGCAAGAGAUAGUUGAUAGGAUGAAAUUAGAGGGCUCUGAGACUUCCCUAUUGGCAGAGGCACUCAAGACUCACCCACAACUGUGUUUGUCUACAAAUGAUCGAAGCACUCAAAUGUUGUGCAUUUCCUAUAGGGUGUUGCUUGAUAUACUCAACAUUCUUACCACCAGGACUCCCUUCACCAUCACUGAGGCAGACAAGAGAGUGUUGGAAGAUAAGUUAAAGGAUGCAUGUCUUUUUGGCUUUGACAAGGACUGGCUUGAAUCUAUCAAGAAUAGGGUUCUUAAUUGUGAUUAUGUAUCUGAAGUUGAUUGCUUCCAUGAAAUUCUAAAGGGUUUGGACUGUGAUCUCAAGGCCAAUGAGGCAAUGCUGGCGGCUACACGCAAUCAAGAGGUAGAGGCGGCACGAGUGGUCGAAGUGGCUCAAAAGGACUUGGAUGCCGCACUGCAAGAGCAUGCACGCGUUAUGGCAAAUCACACUCAUCUUCUGAAAGCACGCCAAGAUAUUCUAGCAAGGCAAAAUCAAUGCUGGGAAACAAUUGCUGCUAAAAAUAGACAUUUUGGGUUUUAGCUAGGAUUUCAUUUUUGUGCUUUAUAUUUGUUUUCCCAUGUUGGAGUGAAUGUAAAUGAAUGCAUUUUGAUGGUACUUGAAUAAGUUGGGAAAAUUAGGUUUUGGAUGAUUCCUCAGAAUGAAUAAAUCCUGGUGUACUGAUUUGUUUGGGUGCAAAGACACUGAAUGUUUAAUAGCUGAUUCUCGAUAUAUAUUAACUUGUUUACUUUUGAAUAUUAAA